GUUGGCUGAGAGGGGCCAUGCAACGUCUCCAUCUUACUCAUUUCGCCCUGUCCUUCCCAACAAUUCGCGACCUUUCUCUCGCUGGUCGAGAGGCAUAUUCGAAGUGCACCAUGGCACCUGUGCAAGAUGCUGCAAGUGCACGCGCAGAACACGCAGCCAAUGCCGGUGGACCACAAGAGCAGUCCUCCACCCCAACGAAGCCCAAUGCGUGUAUGCAGUCGAAGCCGAUGCGAAGCCGUCAGAAGUCUGACAUGAUCUACAAGUCACAGAGCUCAUGAAACCAAAGCCGAAGAUUCAACCGACGACAGACAAACAUGACAGAGAAAGUGCGAAGACGCGUGAUUUCUUCAAGGACGGCUUGCUAUGCUAUACCGUUGACCCAGGCCAUUACCCUGCGAGUAGGGUUGUGUAUUACUCUGAGGACUUUGUUGUAAUCAACGACAUGUUCCCUAAGGCGAAUGUACACCUCCUCAUCCUCCCACGCGACCCGAAGAAGAACGUCCUCCGACCCCAGGAAGCUUUCGAUGACAAGGAAUUUCUGCGCAAGUGUAGAGCUGAGGAGCAGAAAGUACGACUUUUAGUUGCCGAAGAGCUUCGGAGGCGCUUUGGUCAAUGUUCAAAAGCGGAACAAGCUAGGAAUGAGGCUAUGGAAGCAGAGGAAGUUCCGGAUGUGCUUCCACAGGGGCGCGACUGGCUGCAAGAUGUCAAGUCCGGGAUACACGCCAAUCCUUCCAUGAACCAUCUCCACAUUCAUGUGCUGAGCAAGGACAUGGUCAGUGAUGCCAUGAAGAAGAGCAAUCACUAUCUGUCGUUCAACACUGAUUUCUUCGUGGGGCUGGAGAACUUCCCAUUGGCCGCGGAUGAUUACAGAAGGAAGUACGGUUCGUUUCGUGAGAAAGGCAUGCUGUGCUGGCGAUGCGGCAAGGACUUCGGCCAUGAGGUGAAGAAACUGAAGGCUCAUCUGGAAGAUGAAUUGGAAGCAUGGAAGUGCGAGUGAACGUGAGCAGAGUGGCUUGAACAUGUUAGCAGGGAGCGAAGUGGCACCAGAUCAAGACUGCUCCAAGCAGCGUGGGUUGUUGCUCGGCAGUAUUUGCAACGAGAGCCACAAGAACGCACACCAUAUGGACCUGGUUCCGGGCGUGGUAAUCUCGACCCUUUGCAUUGAGACGGCUGGAGACGCAGGUUGAUCACAUGGCGUCGAAAGACAUUUGUUUGUGCCUCAGCUUAGCAUGUAGGCAGCCUGCAGGUCAAUAGCCCGCGCAUCGCUGCCGUUGCAUAGGGGAGGCGGUCUCAUUGUGAACUCGGGUAAGACAAGAAAGUUAUCGUGCAUCCAAUGGCGCGUCGAUGAACGUACCAAGCGCGUUGCCCACCAAUACUGACUGCGAAAUUGUUUCAGAACUGCUACAAACAGUGUGCCGCACGCCCAACGACCACUCCGAUGCCACGCGCCGUCAAUGUUGGAGAGAGAGACACCGCGCGCGAUUGCGCUGGAUACACGUCGUCUGGUGUUACACAGCAGAGCCGCCUAGGGACUAGCUGCAUUUUUGCGACUGGUCGCGCGCUGCACCUUCCCGAGCCUCCCGCCGCGCGCACACAUGCGGUGAAGCAGCGACGAAAUCUUUCGCCAACACCUUCAAUUUGCACGUUGACAGCCCGCAAAAGCGAUAAUCAGAGUCGCCGCUCCUGUUUGUCGUUCUCCGCACUGGCGUGAUCUAACUAGUCGCAUCACGAAAGUGCAUGUGCAACGGACAAGCCGACGACCCGGGCCGCCGAGAGCACGCUAGAAUCGCGCCUUCCAGACACUCGCGUUGCAAGCAGCAGACGAAAGAC